CCUCCCAAAAAUGUGUGCAGUGGCAGAAACUGUCAAGUUGGCUAGAACUAGCCCCCGCCCCCGACACCAAUUCUGGACGGCUUCCGCGCGCGCGCCUCGCUGGUCUGGGACCAACGGCGGCGUCUCUGGCAGGGGCUGCGGAGCGAGGAGCAGGAGGAAUGAGCUCGGCUUCGUGGGGGCCGGGAGACGUUCAAACAACGCUUUCAGUCUGGUGUUGGGCACCCAGUUUUUCCAGAAAAUGCAGCCCUACAAGGGACAACCGACCAUGGAUAAGGCACCAGUGGAACGAGCAGCCGAGGGCGCGGACACUGGAUUGAGGGUACAGAGCCUGCCUCCGUCAGCCCCCUUGCCCGGUUCUCUUCCGGCAGCCGCUGUCCCUUCCACGGCCAUCUGGACGAGCUCUCCACAGGGCCCUCCCGCCUCCCCGACCAGUGGCACUCCCAGCAACUCGGUCUUCCCAGCCACAGCCUCGGCGCCAGCACCUCUGCUCCCCAAGAACAUUUCCACGGAGCCCAGAGAAGAGGAGACGACGAGCGGCCCGGCCUCUCACCGGGGAGGCACGAGCACAGACCCCUCACCAGCUGGCGGUGGGGUGCACUCAACAGCCACUCCCCCAGAACACAGCUCAAGCACUCCCGAGGAGGCAAGCGCGCCCCCCACAGGGUCCCAGCACCCCUCGGCGGCCCCCACUGAGUCUCCCACCCUCCCCUCCCCUCAGGCUCCAGCCUCAUCACCCCCACCCCUAUCAACCUCACCCCCGGAGGUUUCUUCUGCCUCCUCGGCCAGCACCAAUCACAGCUCUGCCGAGACCAGCACCAAGCCCACCGGAGCCCCGACCCCACCAGAGGCCCCAGCAGAAGAGCACAGCUCUGCCCACACACCCACUUCACCUGCCACAGCCCAGCCGCUGCCCGCGGAGACAACACCCCAAGCCACAGUGCCGGCCAAAGUGACCUGUGUGAUGAUGGACAUGGAGACCACUGCCUCCCCUGGGGUGAGCAUGCAGCAAGUGGAGCAUGCGCUAAGCUCAGGUGAGUCUCAGUCACCAGAACACGGAGAUGUGAAGAAUGCAGUUCCAUUAACCCCACCCAACUGAUCUCAGUCUGAAUUCUGGAGAGCCAAGCCUGAGCUCCAUUCGCCAGAACUGCCACCAAGGUGCAAACGUUGCUUUUAGUCACUUGAUUAACUUCCACAUGCUGUCUCACUGAUUGCCGCCGCCGGUGCUCAUGAUGUGUCUUCCCAUAUGUCACAGAGAAUGUCCAUAGGGGAGACAGUGUAAACAGAGGGGUUAACUGCGUGGCUUUUUGGCGGAGCUCCCUAGGUUUUAAGUUCUGGCUCUGGCCCUUGGGCGAGUGACUUCAUCUUUUUGUAUCGUUAUUUUGCCUCAUCUGUAGAAUGGGGACAAAAUAGGUUCUGUUGGACAUGACUCUUGCGGGGAUUAAAUGGGAUGACCUAUGAAGCGCUUAGAACAGUUACCAGCGGGGAAUAAAUGCUCAGGAAAUGUCAGUUAUUAGUAUUUUGCUCGGCCUGUUAACGAAGUGCUUACCUCAUGGAAACCAGUCAGGCCAAGUAGGAUGGGGGGAGGGGUAGAGAACUUGCUUAUCCUUUAGAGUCACCGAUAUAGUUCAUGGGAAAGGCAAUAAAUUUUACAGGACAUCGCAUUUGUUUUUAUUCUCCCAGCAGUCCUCUGAAGUCAGUAUUAUUCUUAUCUUGAUUUUGCAAGCUUAGAAAUUAGGGUGGAGAGAGAUUUAGGGUCUCUUCUGAGGUCACAGGCAUCUGGCAUUGACGUAAAGACGGUAAACUUUAGGAUAUUGAGCAGGAAAAGGCUUUAGUGGGAGUGUUUGUCCUCCCGAGUGAGAAGCAGUGAGGUGAGAACAGCCAGAAGGUGAAGGGGGGAACAGAGCUGUGGCUCCUCCCCUGGGGAACGUUCAGAACACAGCCACAUGACUAGCUGGGGUCAAAGGCAUGGCUGUGACGGAGGAGAAAUGAAUAUCUUUUAGCAAACAAUCAAUAAGCAACCCCUAUGAACAGAAACUCCCAUUAAGAGAAGAAGUGGGGAGAGAGGGCUAAGAUGAACAAGACAUGAUUCCUCAGGGAAGAGCUCACAGUUUACCAGGAGAUAAAGUCCCAAAGAAUUGUGUAUUCUUAUUUCAAAGGCCCAGGAUAUCUGUGAGAGUCCCAAUGAGAGAGAGAGAGAAAGAUCCAGUCACACUGGGAUAAAGGAAUUAAUCACAAAUUCUUGCCUGGGGUCUGGGGAAACUACAGGGGAGCAUAAUAGCAGAGCCAUUGUGAGUCAGGCCUAGGAGGAGGGAACAGUCACCAGAACCCAGAAGGAGAGUCUUUUUUU